AUGGCUGAAGGGAAAGAAGAGAAGAAAGAAGAUAAGGGAAAGGAGAAAGAGGAGAAAAAAGAAGAGAAAGGAAAAGAGAAGAAAGAGGGAAAUAAUGUGAUUGAUGCCAUUUACAAAGUGAACCUGCAUUGCCAGCAAUGUGGACGAAAGAUCAAGAAGCAUCUCCUUGUUACCCAAGGGGUUCAGAAUGUUGAGACAGAUAUGAAGAAAGGAGAGAUAAAAGUAAAAGGAAAAUUGGAUCCUUUAAAGAUAUUGAAGCUCAUUGAGAAAAAGAGCAACAAAAAGGUUGAGUUAAUAUCUCCAAAAAUCAAGGUUCAGCCUCCAGAGGAAAAACCAAAGGAAAUCAAGAAGGAACCAAUAAUUCGCAUAAUCACAGCAAAGGUUCAUAUGCAUUGUGACAAAUGCGAGAGAGACCUGAAAAAGAGGUUGAUCAAACACAAAGGUAUUUUCAGUGUUAAAACUGACCAGGAAGCUGAAAUUGUGACAAUUGAAGGAAGCAUCGAGCAUGAGAGAUUUUUAAGGUUUCUAAAAAGAAAAGUGCACAAAAACGCAGAGAUUAUUUCGUCAAAGGAAGAGAAAAAGGUUGAAGACAAAGGAAAGGGAAAACAAGAAGAAAAGGGCAAGGCAGGUGAAUCAACCAAAGAAAAAGAAAAAGAGAAGAAGAAAGAUGGUGAAGAACCUGAGAAGAAGGAAAAAGGAGACGAGAAAUCUAUUGUUGUUGGAUUAACCAAAGAGAAAGAGAAAGAGAAGAACAAAGAUGGUGAAGAACCAGAGAAGAAGGAAAAAGGAGAGGAGAAAUCUAUUAUUGUUGGAUCAACCAAAGAGAAAGAGAAAGAGAAAGCGAAAGAGAAGGAAAAAGGAGAGGAGAAAUCUAUUAUUGUUGCAUCAACCAAUGAGAAAGAGAAGAAGAAAGAAAAGAAGGGGACACAGAUAAUACAAAUUCAAGAAGACACCAAAGUUGAGAUUGUGGCCAAAGACAAUGUUCCUUAUAUCAUCCACUAUGUUUAUGCUCCUCAGAUUUUUAGCGAUGAAAAUCCUAAUGCUUGUUAUAUUUCAUAGAUCAAUCAUUGCGGAGUCUAAGAUGACUUUUAUUAUUUAUCAUUUAUUAAUAUUGUAUCUCUAUAUCUAUAUAUGUUAAUUUUAUAUAUUUGUAUAU